AUGAGUUUCAAGGAAUUUAUAUGGAGCUUUUUACCGGAGAGUAAAGUGGAUAAUUAUGUAACGGAAAAUAUCCAGAACCAUUACAGUAGCGAUGAAACUGAUAUACCUCCUAUUUUUGAUCAAGCGUUUAUAGAUGCAGCAAAGAAAAUGGUUGAAGAUAUAACUGGAGAGAAGGAAAAUCAAAAUUUGGACAACUAUUUUAAAACCGUUCAUCCUCUGAGCCAAGAUGAAACAGUUUAUCCUGAGGGGGAAGUAGUCUACGAAUAUCCACCUUUAAUGCAGAGGGAUCCUGGUGCCGUUGGGCAGAAGCAGAUUAUAAAAUUGGACGAGAAAAAUGAGGUUACGAUGACAACAAAAUCAUUGCAACCACCGCUGUUUGUUAUACCAAACUUUUUAAGUGCUGCCGAAUGCGACUUGAUUAUUGAAAUGGCAAAGAAAAAGGGAUUACAUAGAAGUAAAAUAAUGACAGCAGAGUCUGACACAUUUGCUGAUGAGAAUUUCGCAUCAGAACGUCACAGCAACUCAAGUGUCUUGAAACGAGGAAGUGAUAUUGACGAAGAGCUUAUUAAAACUUUGCACAGUAGAGUCUCAAAAUUACUUGACAUUCCUGAUGAAAUCGUAGACUACAGUGAACACCUUCAGAUUGGGCAAUACAGCCCCGGAGGUUACUAUCACGCCCAUUUGGAUUCCACUAUCAACCUGCCAAACUCCCCCUGCUGCUUUCAGACGGAGUGUACAAACGCAAAAGGCGAAGACCUGUCGAAUACAGACUGUUGUAAAGUAUGUCGUUUUGCUACGGUCCUUUAUUACUUGAACGAUGUCGAGGAGGGUGGAGAAACUGCUUUCCCGAUUGCCGAUUUAUCCAUAACAGAGCAAAGAAAGUACCAAGAUGAAAAACCUGACUGGCAAAAUUUGACGUCAAACUGCGAUACAUCAUCUUUGGUCAUAAAACCGGAGAAGGGCAAGGCAAUUCUUUGGUACAACCACUUUAUGGACAAGAAGGGGUAUUUAGGGCAUGUGCAUAUGAAGAGCUGGCACGGGGGUUGUAAUGUAAAAAAAGGAGUCAAAUGGAUUGCUACAAACUGGAUAAACACUCCCCACUAUCGCACCCGACUUUUACCAAGCAAGUUCGUUCCACAAAGCUGA